UCGCGUCUGUUGCAUGCCUGGGUUGACUAUGUUCGGAACUGAGCACGUGGUUCGGGAAACCUUCAAGAAAUCAUUCGUGCUGACAUCAGUGAACUUGGUGCUGAGUCGUCAGUCUGACCGGGUCAGCUGACACCCGAGCAGGACCAAACAAACCCACUAAACAACAAGCGGAUUGUGUUUCACAUUCAGCUUCGGACUCUAAUAACCUUCCAGCAUACUAUGUGGAAAGGCAACGUCUUCACCCAGAGUUUGCCCGGAUGGACAGAUUCAGGAAACUUCACCUCCUUGUGUCCGAACGGCUCCCAGUGGGUUUGGGAAGGCCUGGGGGAAUGCGCCCAGGAUGGGAGGGACAUGGCCAGCGUCUGCCUGGGCCUCCUGUCCAUCGUCUGUUUCAUGGUGUCUUCUAUUCCUCAGUACUAUAGUUCCUGUAAAAAGGGGAAUAUGGACAGUGCACUGUCAGUUUGGUUUCUGCUGUUGUGGUUGGGAGGCGAUUCCUGCAAUCUGAUUGGCUCCUUUCUGGCUGACCAGCUUCCACUUCAGACCUACACAGCGAUUUAUUAUGUCUUGGCUGACCUGCUGAUGCUCGCCAUGUACACGUACUACAAAAUGAGGCACAGAGUGGUGGCUCACAGGAGAACAGUUUUGAACGCUGUGGGCUUUUCCUGCGUUCUGGGCCUCACUGCUGGUCUGGCCCUCCGCCCUGGGCUCGACCCCGAACCUGAAAUGAUCUUCUCUGGGUUCAGGAGCCGCUCUUUGCUCUCAACCGCUGAUGCGAGCGCUAUUAAGCCUUUUACCCCUAAAGAGAUUAUUGGUUUCUCCAUUGGGUCGGUGUCAUCGGUCCUCUACCUCUUCUCUAGGCUGCCACAAAUGCACACAAAUUUUAAGAGGAAGUCGACGGAGGGAGUGUCUUACUUCUUGUUUGCGCUCGUCAUUUUGGGGAACACCACCUACGGCCUGAGUGUCUUACUGAAGAACCCUGAGCAGGGCUGGGGCGAGAAGAGCUACCUGGUCCACCACCUCCCCUGGCUCAUCGGCAGCCUGGGAACGCUCAGCCUGGACCUCAUCAUCUCAGUGCAGUUCUUGAUCUACCGUAAGGCUCCGGUUCAGAAUGUGAACGGGAGCCUGGGAACUGAUGAGACGGCGCCCCUGAUCCCGAGCUGAACCGCCGGACGGAGGAGAAGCUCCAGGAUCUCCGAUCAAGCUCACUCGGUCAACACACGCAAACUGUAACCCGUCAAGUUUUAGUUUUUAUUUAUUGAAUGUUCGUCCUGAUUAAUGUUUACACAUGGGACUUUUUUUAUUGCCGCAAUGGAAGUACCGGUAAAAAUUCUUGUUUUAUCCGCCUUUUAAUGUUUGGGUUUCAGACGCGGAGCUUUGACUCAUAACGUCGAGCAUCCUGUAAAUGUCGAUGGUGUUUGGCAGACUAGGCCAUUCCACAGAUGUUUUCUCUGAAACAUCUACGGUGCUGUAAAGUUUCUGAACCACCACAUCCAACCCUGUCUGUGGUGGUUAAAUGUGCCAGAAUAACUUUGCUCUCUGCUAUUGUCCUUUUUAAGACUUUACCUUGUAGUUACAGCUGCUCCCCCUUAACCUUACGUGUCAGAAAUGUUGCUAGUUGAGCGUGCUGUGGCGGCGUCGGGGAUAGCACCACCCACAUUUGGAAGCCUUGAGUCCUCGGCGCGGCCGUAGCCGGUUCGACUCCCAGACUCGACAAUAUGUGCCGCAUGUCUCCCCUCUUUUCAGACACUAGAGCCUGAGGAAAAGAAAGAAACGUGGAUGGUAGAUCUUUUAUUCAGACCGUUCAUAUUUUCCUCGUAGUUUCAGGUUUUUACUCGAUGUUCCUGCGAAGAUGCAUGACCAGUUUUGAUUGCACUUCUUGAGUUUUAAAACUAUCUCAAAACAAUUUUUGUGUGCCUCUUUAAUUUGCACAUUUUAUUGUCUGAUUUUGCACAUUUUGAUGUGAAAGUUGGUUUUAUAUUGGAAAUGAUAAACAUAUCUAGUCGGUCUGUGUACUGUAAAGAAAUAAACAAAAUGAAGACGA